AGCGCCGCGACGGGAAGGGCGGCGCGUGGCGGCGGCGCCUGCUUCCUCCGUUGCGUCUCGGCGGUUGGGGCCGGGCCGGGCGAGCUGCGGCCGGGGCAGCGGCGGCGGCGGCGGGAUGACGAUGGCGUACUUCGCGGAGAACUUCUGGGGGGAAAGGAACAAUGGCUUUGACGUUCUCUAUCAUAACAUGAAGCAUGGACAUUUGUCAACAAAAGAAUUAGCAGACUUUAUUAGAGAAAGGGCUACAAUAGAGGAAGCAUAUUCAAGAUCAAUGACAAAACUUGCCAAAUCAGCAAGCAAUUACACACAGCUAGGAACAUUUGCACCAGUUUGGGAUGUUUUCAAAACCUCAACAGAAAAACUAGCAAGCUGCCACUUGGAUCUUGUCCGGAGAUUACAAGAGCUAAUAAAAGAAGUUCAUAAAUAUGGAGAUGAACAAAUUAAAGCUUAUAAAAAGACUAAGGAAGAAGUUUCAGGAACAUUGGAAGCAGUGCAAAACAUUCAAAGUAUAACUCAGGCAUUACAGAAGUCAAAGGAAAACUACAAUGCAAAAUGUCUUGAACAAGAACGUUUGAAAAAGGAAGGAGCAACACCGAGAGAAAUUGAUAAGGCAACAGUUAAAUCGAAGAAAGCUACAGAUACCUAUAAACUGUAUGUGGAGAAAUACGCUGCAGUUAAAUCUGAUUUUGAACAAAAAAUGACAGAAACUGCACAAAAGUUUCAAGAUAUUGAAGAAACACAUCUACUGCAUAUGAAAGAAAUUAUAGAAUCAUUGUCAAAUACCAUAAAGGAUAUUCAUUUACAAAUAGGAGAGGUACAUGAAGAAUUUAUAAAUAACAUGGCGAAUACUACAGUUGAGAGUUUAAUACAGAAAUUUGCUGAGUCAAAAGGAACUGGCAAGGAAAGACCAGGUCCUAUCGAAUUUGAGGAAUGUAAUACAUCCAGUGCAGUUGAAGGAAUAAAACCAAGGAAGAGGAAGCCUUUUGGUUUAUCAGGAAUAAUGAAAAAAGAAAAAGAUACUGAAUCUGUGGAGUGUCCAGAUGCAGACUCAGUUAACAUUCCUGAUGUAGAUGAUGAAGGAUACAGCAUUAAACCAGAAACAACACAGGAUAUCAAAGAGAACCAUUUCUAUUCAUCCAGUGAUUCUGACUCUGAAGAUGAUGAACCCAGGAGGUUCCAUAUAGAAAUAAAACCUGUACAGCCAAAUAAUAGUUCUCAAUACACUAUGCCUUCAUUGGACGAAUUAAAAGUUUCUAUAGGGAACAUUGCUCUUUCUCCAGCAACAUCUCAGAGACACAGUCCUGCACAAAUGAAUCGAAAUUCAUCCAGUGAGGAGUUAACAAAAUCGAAGCUUUCGGCUCCGACAAAUGAAAAAGGGAACAGUGACCUUCUGGCAUGGGAUCCACUGUUUAGCAGUUCGCUCGAAUCUUCCUCUUCAGCCUCCUUGGCUUCGUCAUCCUCCUCAGCUACUCUAAGAGAGCACAAUAGGAAUUCCUCAUCUACCAGUGGCUUCCCUGGAUGUAGAACAUCUCAGUCAUUGCUUGGACUCCAGACAGAUUCUGGGUCUGGAAGCCCAUCCUCACCAGACUUCAUAAUUAGCACUUUGUGCAAAUCUGGUGUAGAAGUACCAUCAGGGAGUAUCAGUACUUUAUCCUCUGUUUCAUGGUCUCAGAGUCAGUGGAUUUCCUUCGCUGAUGAACUUUUUACAAUUAGAGAAACAAGCACAGACGAGAAGGAGCAACAAAGAUUACAUUUUAAAACUGAAAAUGCCUGCCUUGCCUCUUCUGCUUUGCUUGGGAGUUCUUCCAACUGCUGUGCUUCUGAGGAUCAAAGUGACCUUUCAAAUAAUACUAUAUGCCAUGAACAAUUAUUCAUUGAAGAAACUGGCACUGCUGCAGAAAUUUCUUCCACAUCAUCUUCAGCACAUCUGGACUAUAGUUUAGUGUCUCCUUGUGUUCGUUCAAACAAGGCAAGACCCACAACUCCUCUUACCGUAGGCACCAUUGUACCCCCUCCAAGGCCUGCUUCAAGAACAAAAUUGUCUACAGGGAAACUUAGUGGAAUUAAUGAAAUACCUAGGCCAUUCAGCCCUCCACUGACCUCUAAUUCAAGUCCACCACCUGCAGCUCCCUUGGCACGUGCAGAGAGCAUCUCCUCAAUAUCCUCCUCUGCUUCCCUUAGUGCAGCAAAUACACCUACAGUUGGUGUUUCACGUGGUCCCAGCCCUGUCAGCCUUGGAAACCAGGACACCCUGCCUGUCGCUGUAGCCCUUACUGAAUCUGUUAACGCCUACUUUAAAGGAGCAGAUCCCACAAAAUGUAUUGUGAAGAUCACUGGUGAUAUGACAGUAUCAUUCCCAAGUGGGAUUAUUAAAGUCUUCACCAGCAACCCAUCUCCAGCUGUGCUCUGCUUCAGGGUAAAAAACACAAGCAAACUAGAGCAGAUUCUUCCAAAUGCACAACUUGUAUACAGUGAUCAGUCUCAAAGUGACUCCACUACGAGGGAUUUUUGGAUGAACAUGCAAGCUAUAACUCUCUACCUCAAGAAAUUAUCAGAGCAGAACCCAUCUGCAUCCUAUUAUAAUGUGGAUGUUUUAAAGUAUCAGGUAUCUUCGAAUGGCAUCCAGUCCACUCCCUUGAAUCUUGCAACUUACUGGAAAUGUAAUGCUAACACUACUGAUGUGAGAGUGGAUUAUAAAUACAAUCCAGAGUCUAUGAAUGUGCCCAGCAUGCUGUCUAAUGUACAGAUUGUGGUACCGGUAGAUGGAGGAGUAACCAACAUGCAAUCACUUCCACCUGCAAAAUGGAAUUCAGACCAGAUGAAAGCUUACUGGAAACUAUCUAGCAUUUCAGAGAAAUCUGAGAAUGGAGGUUCUGGAUCCCUCAGGGCAAAAUUUGAACUUUCAGAAGGACCCAGUAAACCAGCAACACUUGCAGUGCAAUUCAUAAGUGAAGGAAGCACUCUUUCAGGAGUAGAUGUAGAGCUGGUAGGCACUGGCUAUCGGCUUUCCCUCCUUAAGAAGAGAUUUGCCACUGGACGGUAUAUGGCAGACUGCUGAUGAACCUGUGAAAGUCGUGUCAUUAAAGGAGUACAAGAAACCCACUCUGCCCCUUCUUCUUGUCAAACACUAUUUUCACAUGCAUUAUUUUUUUUUAAAUAUUGACCUACUUUGAGGCCAAACCACAGGACAGAAAAUGCACUUUCAAAAGUCAUUUUGAAGAGCUUGUAUUACUUUAUAAUAGCACUGAAGUUAACUUCAACACUGUCUGUAAAUGAUCAACUGCAAUAUUGGGGAAACUUUGUUAAAAUUUUGGUAAAUUUAUCUAGAAGUCAAAAUAGUAAUCAAUAGUUGUAAUGAAAGUAUGAAAUCGUACGCUAUACUGUAAACAUUAAACAUAAAAAUGUAGGAGAGCAAGUAAGAGUACUUGAGCUUUCCAUAAUACUCAUUUUUCAGAUUCCUUCAUUGCCAGUUUUUAAAGAAAAAGGGGCAAACUUUUAUGUAGUUCUUCUUGUGCCAUAAAAAUAUUUGAGUUAGAGAUGUAUAAAAAACGUAACUUGAUGCCCAUGUAUCAUAUAUUAUUAACGUGUAUGUUGUUUUAUAUAGUGUUUUUUCUCCUAAGUGCAAUGUGUUACAAAAUUGCAAAAGACAGAAAAGAUUUACUUCUGCAGUUAGUGAAUUUUAUGGGUGUUGUGAUUGUUUGAAUUAAUGCUGUAGAUUUAAUUUAUUUUUAUAUGAACUUCAUAACAUUUGUGCCUUUAAAAAAAAGCCUGUGCCUAUCCAAUUCGUUAUUCAUGUGCCUCACUUCCUCUUUCAAAGUUUGGCCAUUUGUGAAGAAAGUGUGGUGUUUGUGUAAUACAACUUCACAAAAAUUCUUUUGAUGGGGAUCUAAAAGGGAGAUCUGCAGAAGCUGGAGGUUGUUUUAAAGGAGAUCAAAAUGGUGGAUUACUCCCUCAUGGGGUAAUUGCAAUAAAUGCAUCCAUAGUAAAGGGAGGUGCAUCAUGCAGGACUUUGGAAUUUUGAUGUACUAACUUUAACGUCACCAAAGAUGAGAAUCUUGAAAGGUGGUAACGAUGCUUUUAAAAGAAACCAGCGUUUCCCUUUACACUGACUGCAUUAAGUGCUUUUGGAAUGAUGUGAAUGUAAGCAGUACUUUGGGAGGAAUAUCAUUUAAGAAGGGGAUAUUAUGGCAGCAAGAUGACUGUACUGCCAUUUCUAUUAGUUUUACUUUUUCUCUGUAACUAGCAGUUUUAAUAUUUCUCUUCUGCUCUUCUUGCUGCAGCCUAAGAAAAGUGACACAUUAGUAACAUUUUUUAAAACAAGUAACUAGUUUAGAAAAUCUUUUAUGUAUCUGUAUUAUCAAAUGAUUUUUUCAGUACAGAAAUCAAAAAGUACUGGAGCAAAGUAAUUUAAUAACCUUCAAGUGGGAAUUUUAUAUGACCAUUCUGAAUACUGAAUCUAUUUCAAAUUCUCUAUUAAGACAAUAAAACUUGCUUGAAUUAAUUCAUGCAAAACCAGUGGUGAAUAGGACUGCUGAAGCUUUACAAUACAUUAAGCUUUAGAGAGGCUACAUAAAAUCUGAUGUAUGCUAUACGUUUGGCAGAUGGGAUUGCCAUUAUUAGCUCUAAGGAUAUCUUGAACUUUACAUCUGAUUGGAAAAGUAUAUCUGGCUUUUAAUUUGCUGAUCUUAUUGAGUGGAGAAUUUCUAACGGAUAUGAAAUGGUACAGUCUUUUUACUGGAGUCUUAAUUGUAAUCUGCUUUGCAAUCAAACUGUGUUUAACAUGACAGUGUUUCAUUAAUGAAAACCCAAAACUGUAUAGCUGCUCUUAAUGAACUAUUGCUUCCAUUUCUGAGUUAAAUGAAGUAGCUACUUUUCAGCACUUUCAAACUAGUCCUCAUUGGGGUGAUUAUAGAUACAUUUGCAUUGGGUGCAGGUUACAAUUUUGAAGCCAUGCAAGCCUAUAUAGACUUUUUGUAAAGCAAUUCAAAAACAGUGUAAAAAGUACAUGUAGCAAUCUGAUGGGGAAGAGAAAAAAAAGCAUGUAGCAAGCUGGUUCUUGCUUGUGUAUACAGCCAUUUCCUUUGUAGCUGCCUCUGAAAAAAAAUUGAUUUGUAAACACAACUCUAAAGGAUCUGAGUUUUUGUGGAUUAUUACUACGUCAGACUGUAAAUUAGAGCACACAAGUUUAUCUUACAAAAAUUGUAAAUACUUCUGAUUUUUCAUAAAAUGUAAAUUUAAAAAAUGUUGCACCCAUAAUAAACAUGUAAUAUAUAAUUUAAA